AUGAGUAUUGUCGUGGGAUUGAUAAUAAUAAUCGUAUUCCUCAUUAAGCAGCUGGAUGGCUACAACCUUGCAACCAAACUUUGGAGAACUAUCAUAUACAUAUUCUUUAGAGAGGUCGUCAGCCGAGGCAUUUACAACAUUCCUCCACAGCCAACGCCUGUUAUCUUCGUCGCUGGCCCACAUCACAAUCAAUUCUUAGAUGGUAUUAUCCUCUGCUCAGAAGUCCUCAGAGCGUCCAACAGGAAGCUGUCCUUCUUGGUUGCGAGUAAGAGCAUGCACAGAUUCUUUAUAGGUGACAUGGCUAGAGCAAUGGAAUCUAUCCCCGUAAAGCGCGCUGCAGACGCUGCAAAAUCCGGCAUUGGCUCUAUCUACAUGUCUCAUUCUGCCCCCACAACCCACAUAUUCGGCAUCGGCACUCAAUUCACUCGCCAGCUCUCCCCAAACAUGUCUAUAGCCCUCCCUUCCUCCCUUGGUGGAGCUUCUGCCGAGGUGGUGGACAUCCUCAACGACUCCCACCUUAUCUUGAAAAAGGAUCUCAGCAAACCACAAGCCAUAAGUGCUCUCAAAGCUAUCAAUCCCACCACCACCACCCAGGCCAUCAAAUAUAAAGUCAUGCCCCACAUCGAUCAACACUCCAUGUACAAAGCUGUUUAUGAUCGUUUGGAAGAUGGUGGUUGCAUUGGUAUAUUCCCAGAAGGCGGCUCACACGACAAGACCGAUCUCCUGCCAUUAAAGGCUGGUGUCAGCAUCAUGGCUCUUGGCGCCAUGUCCAAGAACCCCAAUCUAGAGGUCAAAAUUGUUCCCGUUGGCAUGUCGUACUUCAAUGCCCAUAAGUUCCGCUCGAGAGCUGUGAUCGAGUUUGGUACUCCAAGAACCGUACCACGUGAUCUUGUACAUCUCUUUAGCAAAGGUGGAAGCGACAAGCGGUUGGCAUGUUCAAGCCUCCUCAACAUUAUCUACGACGGUCUCAAAACUGUCACCGUGCGUGCGCCAGACUAUGAAACUUUGAUGCUUAUACAAGCCGGGAGGAGACUUUACAGCCCUCCAGGUUAUCAUCCGCCGCUCGGAGAAGUCGUAGAGCUAAACAGAAGGCUUAUCGCAGGCUACUUGGAUUACAAAGAUGAGCCUAAGAUACAACAACUUAAGGCAAAGGUUUUGAGGUACAACAGGAGAUUAAAGGAUCUUGGAAUUAGAGACCAUCAGGUUGACUCUGCUGCAAGAUCGCCAUUGAAAUCUGCUACGUUACUAUUCUAUCGCAUUGAGCUACUCAUGGUUUGGGGCGCUCUGGCCCUCCCUGGCGCUGUGCUCCAUUUACCUGUCUUUUUCGUUGCCAAGUCAAUAUCCAAAGCCAAAGCAAAAGAAGCAUUGGCAGCCUCCACAGUUAAAGUUAAAGCGCGUGAUGUAAUAGGUACUUGGAAAGUACUUGUGUCGCUCGCACUUAUACCGCUUCUCUACUGUUUUUAUAUCACUUCCGCCACUUUGGCUGCGAGGCGUUAUGGAGAGUCUUGGCAGCUUAGCAGUAGUACUAUCACGUGGACACCGCUGUGGACCCUCGCCCUGCUGCCGUGCUUGGGUAUGUCUGCGCUCAAAUUCGGUGAAGUUGGUAUGGAUAUUUAUAAAAGCCUUCCACCAUUGUUCCUCUCGCUGAUCCCUGGAAACGAGAAUGAGAUUCAGAAGCUAAAGAGCACACGGGCAAGCUUAUCGAAGGAGCUGAACGAUAUAAUCGAGGAGUACGGCCCUAAGCAGAUAGAGAACUUCGAAAGCAAGCGUGUAGUCGCAAAAGAGCAACCCUCAUUGAUUUCGUCAGAACAGCAAUCCAACCUGUCCACGUUUCAAUGGCUCGACGAGAUGCUAUUCGGCUGGUCUGCCUCAAAAAAGGCCGGCGAGGAAUCGCAGCCUGUAUCUAGAAGUGAUGAAAGCGGUGGUAGUACACCCGCUGUAGGUGAAGAAGGUGACUUUGAUGCCGUUGUGUCUUUCCUUGAGACCGCCAAAUCAAAGUAG